AUUGCUCGACAUUACAAAGGAAGUGCUGCGCAGACCAACAGGUUUCAUGUCGUGUUAAACAGCUUAUUGACACACAGUGGUCCCUGAAGCAUGCGUCUGCCGAUUUUACUGGCACUGAUGUGCCUUUUCGUCCACAAUGCCUACCUUCAAUCAUUAAAUUGUUAUGUGCCGGCCGACAUCAUGAUCUUACUAGACGGCUCUGAUUCAAUCCAAGAUCGAGACUGGAUCAAAAUGAAAGAGUUCGUUCAACUUCUGAUCGAUAAUUUUGAUAUCGCCCGGGACGCCAUUCACCUCGGAAUGGUUGUUUACAGCUCCAGGAUUGGUGAUCAUAUAGGACUCAACUCGUUCAAGGACAAAAACAUGCUCAAACUUCUAGCCGGUGCUCUGAAUCACCCUAAAGCUAGCACUAAUACAGCUAAAGGAAUCGAGUAUGUGAGAGAGAAGUUCCGCAUGGACGGAAGGCCGGGUGUUCCGAAAAUUGCCAUCGUCAUCACAGACGGAAGUUCAGACAAUCCAAGGGGCACUAAACAACAGGCUAAUGCUGCUAAGAACGAGGGGAUAAAGGUCAUGGCGGUAGGGGUUGGAGGUCAUAUGUUUAAGGACGAACUCAGGAGCAUCGCCUCCAAACCUAGCAAAGUCUUUACCUCGCCCACGUUCGGGACUCUGAUAACACUAGUCACAGAGAUUAGGAACAUGGUGUGUCAAGUUAUAACUACCACUACUACCACUACAACGACUCCUAAGAUCCCCACUCUGGCUCCAAUUUAUGUACCACCACCUAAAGAUAUGGUUUGUAAUGUCCCAGGAGACAUAGUUUUCCUAAUGGACGGAAGUGACAGUAUCAGUGACGCCGAUUUCAUCCGGCAGAAAGCGUUCGUCGCCAACAUGAUUGACAACUUCGAAAUCAGUCCAGAAGCUAUUCAUGUGGGGAUGAUUGUUUUUUCCACCAUGAUUGGAGACAUCGUUGGCCUACAACCAGCAAAGGGCAAACCUCUCCUGAAAAUCCUUGCAAAGAGUCUGAAACACCCUAAAAUAGGUACUAAUACCGCCAGAGGAAUACAACGAGUCAGGAGAAUGAUGGUGGAGGAGGGCCGGCGGUUUGCGCCAAAACUAGCGGUUGUCAUUACCGACGGCCGAUCCACUAGACCACAAGAGACUAUUAGAGAGGCGAGGCUGGCCAAGGCUGAGGGUAUUACAAUGAUAGCCAUUGGGGUAGGAACAGAAAUCUUUCAAGACGAACUGCGGCAGCUAGCGUCCACUCCGCAGCAGGCGUUUGAAGUCCGAGAUUUCAGUAGGCUAGGACAGAUUAUUAGCACUAUGAGGGACUUGAUCUGUCAAGAGAUAAAAACCACCACUACUACAACGACAACAACGGAAAUGCCCACACCUCCGCCAUCCAGGGUGCCACCACCUGAUGGUCUGAUUUGCAAUGUUCCUGCCGAUAUUGGUAUUCUAUUGGACGGCUCCGACAGCAUUGAUGACCGUGGCUGGGUUAAAGAGAAAAAUUUUGCAGCCAAUCUAAUCAACAACCUUGACAUUGGUCCAGACACAAUUCACGCCAGCGUGAUAGUGUACAGCACCUUGAUUGGUCAAACUAUUCCCUUCAUACCUUUCAAACCGAAAACCUUGCUAACAAUUCUAGCAAGGAAUUUGAAACAACCUAAAGUUGGUACAAACACGGCAAGAGGUAUAAAAAAAAUGAGAGAAUACUUCAGAAUUCAAGGUCGACCCAACGCUCCCAAAGUCAUGGUUAUCGUUACUGAUGGUCGAUCCACCAGGCCAAGUGAAACCAUAGCGGAAGCGGAACUGGCCAAACGAGAAGGAAUAGUCGUAAUCGCAGUUGGCGUCGGCACCCAGAUCUUCAGAGAUGAACUCCGACAGAUCGCUACAAACGAGAGGAAACUCUUUGAAGUAUCAGACUUUGCUGCUUUGCAACAGAUAAUCAUUGCUAUCAGAGAUUUGAUUUGUCAAGUGAUUACUACCACUCCUCCGGUGACCACCACCACACCCCUGCCCACGCUGGAACCUAUCGCGGGCUGUGAUGUGCCAGCUGAAAUAGUAUUCAUGCUGCAAGGUUCACGAGCUACGAACGACGAAAGCUGGAAGGAUAGCCAACGCUUCCUCAGCAGAAUGGUCAACAACAUGUAUGUCAGUCCAAGUUCCCACCACUACGGCCUCCUGGUCUACGGCAAUGCCAUUGGUGAUCAUGUGGGUUUACAGCCCUACAAGGACAAGUUCACGCUGCAGAAUUAUUUCAACUCUCUGAUGAAACCAACAGCUGCUGGGUCUAAUGUGGCUGAAGGUAUGAAACUAAUGCGGCAAAUGUUCCGGGAACAAGGAAGGCCAUCGGCGCCAAAGAUUGGAGUAAUGAUAACAAAUGAACCAACAUCAUCUCCAAGCCUCUCAAUGGCCGAAACGGACUUGGCAAAAACAGAAGGAGUCAAACUGUUUACUGUCGGAAUUGGGAAUUUAGUAGAUAGGAAUGAGUUGCUGAAAACAGCCACCAGUGAAAAACAUGUCCUUCUAACCCCAAACACAAAAAGUCUGGACUCUCUCCUACCAAACCUUCGUCAUCUGAUCUGUGAGGAGAUUCAGAUACCUGUCACUCCACGCCCGCCGCAUCCGUCACACAAUUUCACGAGUUUAUGUGCCGGUUGUCUGUAUGACAAAGGAACAGGGUUUAACUUUUUCCCCGGAGACUGCAGCAAGUACGUGCAAUGUUGGGAGGAGAAUGGUUAUGUUCAUGGUGUUGUAAAAGAUUGUCCAUUCGGGGAGUUCUGGAAGCAGGAUGAACUGAAGUGCAGACCAUCCAUACAUGUUCAUUGUCCAAUGGACCCCUGUUUACACGCCCCGAAUGGAUUCACGUACGGAAUGACCGAGCAUGGUUGUCGUGCGUACUGGGUUUGUGUCACCAGCCACAGCAUUGGUUCAUGUUGCGCCCCUGGAUCCCAUUACGUGGAAGGAAUGGGUUGUAUGCGAGGAUUGGCAUGUAAUGAACCUUGCCCCCCUAAUGGCGGAAGAAUUUACACAUCAUGCAAGAAACAGGCACACUGGGAUCGAAGGUUCUUCAUCGAUGACGUACCACAACAGAAAGUAGUGCGUCGCUGUGCCCCGGGUACAAUGUUUAGCAAAGAAUACUGUACAUGUAUUCCCGACAUGGAUGGUCUAAUUCCUGUGCUACCUGGAGAUCAAUGUAGGGCUUCAGCAUAUCUACCAUUCGACGUUGAUUUGAAAGAUAAAUCUGGAUCAAACACUGCAGUAUUAGCAAGGAAUGUCACUAUGACUUCAUUUGGUAGUGCUCAUUUCACUGGAAACAGUGCUCUGACCCUUUACAAAUUUGCGGAUGUUACUCUCGGAGACAAGCUUCUAAUUAGCUUCAAGUUCAAAUUUGACAGAUGGCCAGAUAGUUUAGACCACGCAGGUAGGGUAGUUGAUUUGGAAAAGGGUGAGACACACUGGAGAUUCGACAUUCAAAGUAAAACUUGGACGCGGAACAUUACAGUUGGAGGUGGAUGGGAUGCUCAAAGACUUAUGCGCAUGUUCCGGAAGCUGAUGAGCUCCACAACUGCACAACAAAUGAAUCUGCACAUGGUAGAGAUAGCUAAUUCUCCCGACUUCAAAGCUUUACUGUACCACCUAGGAUUUAUGCCUGAUGCCACCAACGCUCUUCAGAUCCUCCGUAUUUUAUUCUCUGGAGAAGGUUCUGGUUUGAUCAAUCAGAUCCUGCAGAAAAUUGGUCAUGUUCAUGGUUCCGAAGAAGUCAGAAAACUUUUAUAUAGUCUUCUCCGAAUUGAAGGGAUGAAUAAGUGGAUCAGAGACCAUACAGGCACCAACCAUAAGCACGCGUUGAUCAACUGGCAGCGAUUCUUGAAUUCACUCAAUUUAAAUGAAAAGAACUGGAACAGGGGGAAAAUUCGUGGGUUUAAUGUUGAUCACAACAUGGGAAGACUUAUAGCAGAUCUCUGGAGAAUAUUCGUAAAUCAAAAUGGGAUGGACACUAGAGACUGGCAGGAUCUCCUUAAAAUCACUUUUACCGGAGAUAAGAAUGGGCAUUUGGGAAUUGAGUUUCUGAAUGAAAUUGAAGGAGUACUCGGGCGUAACCAAACGAUAAAAGAUCUUUGGUUUGACUUUUUGAAGAAAAGAAAUGUUAGUGUUUCAAUUUUUGGAAAUUACACCAGUACGGGCGGUGGAGAAGGUCAUAAGAAGCCACACACACAUUUUCUCCGGUACAUAGAAGAUUUAGUACGUAGUGGAAAGGGUGGAGAAUGGUUGAACUAUGUACUUGGAGGAGGAAAAAUACAAACUGAUCACGGUGGUUUCACGAAUGAAGGUCUUAACAACAUAGCAGACAUCUGGAGGGAAUACGUGUAUGAGACUAAGUUGGAUCAGGACGGCUCUUUACACCCACAUCUUACAUGGACUCGCACUGGGGGAGGAACAGGCGGACAGAGGACGGACAUAUUUAUUGACGAAUUGAGAAACGUUUUAGGCAACGAUACUAUUCGUGGCCACUUCCUCGAGUUUUUGCGAAAGUACAAUAUCAACGUAGUGGGUACCGGUAAUGGAUGGAAGCUUGUUCGUGGUGGACCCACAAAUGAUGUAGGUGCAUGGUUGUAUUGGCUCUUCACUCAGAAUGUUAACAGGAAUAAUGGAUCCGGAACCAAUGCAUCCACUUUCUGGCCCUGGUUCCCUGGGGGAGAAGGACUAGAAGGUUGGGAUAUAGGUCUGGGUUUCGAGUGGAUAUUUGGUCCAGGUGGGUGGAACAAUGGUGGACGUAUAGGAAUAACUACUAAUGGUAUAACCACUCUAGCAGAAAUGUGGCAAUUAUUUAUGGCCGAAAAUCCCUUAGAUAGAAAUGUGUGGGGUAAUGCACUGAUUUGGACAUUACGUAGCGGUAACAAAGGCUACAAAGAUUAUUUCCUUUUACUUAGAGAAAUGAGACAUGUUUUAUCUAACGAAGGCAUGCUUAGAAGGUGGCAAGAAUUCUUACAAAAACAUAACUACAAUGUUGUACUCAAUAAUAACGGUUGGGAUGUAGUGAAAGGUGGGUCGCGCAGUGACCUUGCCGCGUUCAUAACUUGGCUUUUCGUGGUGGUAGAUGAAAUGGAAAGCUCCAAUGUUGGUACAGACUUUGACUGGAUAUUUGGAAGUGAUUGGAAAAUAGGAAUUACUGGCACUGGAAUACAGACUCUUGCUGAUUUGUGGACAAGGUUUAUUAGCCAAUCUCGCAUCGACACCCACAUGUGGGGACAUGUACUAUUCUGGACUCUUCGUACAAACUCGGGAAAAACAGGGCUACAUGACUACAUCUUAUUACUUCGAGAAAUGCGACAUGUCCUUGCAGAUGACUACAUGCGACAACAGUGGAUGAAUUUUCUCACCAGAAGCAACUACAACAUCGUACUCACACACAGUGGUUGGGAUGUCGUUAAAGGCGGAUCUCAAAAUAAUAUUGCCGACUUUAUGUUAUGGCUCUUCGCAACUGUAGAUGAAAUUGAAAGUUCUGGACCUGGCACUGACUUUAGCUGGAUAAUAAGUGGUACAGGACUGAAUAAUUUACGAAUAAGUAUAACUCAAAAUGGACUUCAGACUUUGAUUAAUCUUUGGGACAUGUUUAUUGCAGAAUCUAAUUUGGACAAAAAUUCAUGGGGAAGAUAUUUGUACUGGACUUUACGAAAUCCAACAGAUACCGUACAAACUCAUAAUUAUGUUUUACUUUUAAAGGAAAUGAGAUAUGUGUUAGCAGAUACUAAGAUGAGAAAUAAGUGGUUGCAAUUCCUUUCCACACAUAAUUACAAUAUCGUAUUAGUGUCAGAGGGGUGGGAUAUUGUCAAGGGUGGUUCUACAAACGACGCCUCGGCAUUCCUUUUCUGGUUGUUUAAUAUCGUAGACAGUAUUGAGAAUUCGUCGAUAACUGACGUUGAUUGGAUCUUCACUCAAGGAAAACAAAGUUGGGAACGUUUCAUCGGACGAGGAUUUACAAUAACAGGAUUGCGAAAAUUAGCUGUACUUUGGGAACAAUUCAUAUCACAAAUCCAGAUUGACCAGUCUCUUUGGGGAAAUGCCAUGUAUUGGACAAACAGAAAAAGAAUUGAUGGUGAAGUUAGUCAUCAAGAAUACCUUCUUUUAUUCCGAGAAAUCAGACGUCUACUGGACAACGAAUUUAUCAGAAACCAAUUCAUCGACUUUAUGGCUAACAGCGGAUACAACAUCGUACUGACAACCGUGGGGUGGGAAGUUGAGCUUGGUGGAACACGUAAUGACAUCGCUGGGUUUAUUUAUUGGCUAGUGACGACGGUUGAUAUCAUCGAGUCAUCAACGCCAGGGACGAUAAUCGAGUGGCUGUUUAUUACGGAUCUUACAACAUAUAUCGGUUCUUCUUGGACAGGGGGAUCUUCAAGCGUCUCUUCGUCAGGAGGCCUCAGUGGCCAUAGAGUGAACGCAGCUUUCGGGGAAGGCUGGUCAAACAUCCUCUUCGGCGGUCCGUCCGGUUCUCAUUCAGGCGGAAGUUCCUCUGGUGGGUCAUCCACCGAGUCUUUAGACUCUAUUUUGAAAAGUAUCUCUAAUGGUUUCGCAGGUGGCUCUGGGUCAAGUUCCAUGUACGACAGCCUGGAAUACUAUGGAGGAGGACAUGGGAUGGGCGAUAUGCUCCCGCUAUUUGCUGCCGAGGAUUUCAUGAGGAAGAAAAGAUCUACCGAUAAUGUAGUACGCCAGAAACGUCAAGCUCAUGCAUCGUUUCACUAUCAAUCAUUGGUAGGCAACUGUUACGGUAACAAACCAUCAAUAGACAUUGCAGCCAAUGACAAUAACGUGAAGAUGUCUUUGCUGACGGACAGAAGCAGACAGCCAGGAGAACUCAUUCUACCAAUAGUUCAAGGAUGGAAUGAAAUUACAUUAGUUUAUACUGGAAGAAAUAUGCACGCAAUGGUCAACAACUGGAAAGGAGGACAAGAAACGUCUAUACCAAUGACUGGUAAAAUCCAAUCCCGACCUGAGGGAAUUUCACUGGGGUAUUGCCCAAAAUAUGAUGGUCUCCAAGGAAAAAUAGAUGAAUUUGCACUGUAUGAGUGUAUACCGCUAGCGAUACAGAACAAGAUAGGACGGUCCUAACAGAGGCCAUUGAUGAUGUCUUCAAUUCCUCUCCCUCCCUUUGUCAAGCAUGAGGAAUGUUUUAAAACCAGUCAUCAUUAUUCAUCUUCAUGGGGUGUGCAGAUAAGUCAACACUGUGAGAGAAUUUCCAGCAGAUGGGCCAACUUGACAGUACCAUAAACAGAGCUUUGGUUACCCUCUUUGAUCAAAAUCGACAAAAUGUUUGUCUCAUUACGAAAUGCCUACAUAUACAGAACUUAUAAAAUCAUUCACAUUUAAAAGUAUGGUACUCUAGUCCCAAUAUGCAAGGAACUGUUUUAUGAAAUAAAUCAUAUAAUAUAC